ACCUUGUGCCUGGCGAUCACGGCACCACGCCCUACCACAAUUUUCCCAGCCCCCACCGGUGGGACGUAUUGCCUCACGUUGCGAAUCACUGGUUUAGUGUAAUGGUGUAGUUUGCAUUCAUUCGAUGGUGGGGUUCAAUUUAUAAUUAACAAUAUUCCAUAACACCAGUUGCUAGUAAAUGGUUAUUUAUCUCCGUCUUCUCUUGACCAACUCAAUAGACGUUCUCGUGAUUACCUCCCUUGACAUUGUUACUCUUUUUACUUUCGUCCUUUCUUCUCUGGAACCUUGUCACAAUGUUCCUCGCUACUUUGGUCCUCUGUAUUAUUUUCUUCAUGACAUAUUUACCAAAAUAUGGUUCUGUCAUCUCAAGAUGGCUCUGUUGUGUUCUGUUCAAGGCUGAUGAAAAUGAGCUCAACUUGAGGUCAGAAUUAAGAGAUCUGAAAACAGAACAAACAACUGUCAGUAUGUCGGAAGAAUUUGCCAGGUUUUUUAAACUGCAACGUAGGAUUGAUAAACUUGGUCAAGAUAUCAAACAGAAAGGGAACGCACGGAAACAGAAGAUUUCUGCAAUAACUGUUGCAGUCCAGUUUGGAGGAAAGGUUUUACAGGUUUUGACUAUGCUGCUACUAUUUUACAUACUCUAUGAUCAACCUUUGCUGCAGUUUUCAUCUGCUUGGUUCUUCCCGUUUCAAAAGGUUGUAGCUUUUCCCACUGGUACUGGAGGUUCUUUGGGAAUUGGAUUUUGGAUUUAUGUCUGCACUGCCAUCAUUAAUCGGUUCGAUCGCUACAUGGGAUUAGUGCAGUGAGGCUCCUUCCUCUACUGAAUGACUGCUACUUCUAGUUAUUAAUAGUGUAACUAGUUUGCUGACAAACUCUUGUAUCUUUGAAACAUCAGUGCUGAGAUGUUGACAGCAUUUCCUGGAUUUCUAGUCUGCCAAAUGGUUUCGGCAUUUGUUUGACAUCAACUGUCCAAGGAAGUUACUCUUGAUGGAAUUACCAUGCUUGCGUUUGCUUCUAAUGCUGAACUGUUUAGUGCCUUCUCAGAUGGUUACUCAAUUUAUUUUGGUUUUGGUACCAGUGGUUGAGUAUAAGUUUACAUCAAAGAUGAAGAAAGUUGAAACUGGAGACAACAAAAAAACAACAUAGACACAGAUCAGCAAAAGAAUGUCCUGAAAACUUGCUCCCACUGGAAUUUACUGGAAUAAAUAGUUUGUACAUGUCAUACAUGUAUCAAGAUAAAAACAUUAAUUACUUCUAGAUUAAUUAACUUAUUUCUAUUACUGAUUGUAAGUUGUUGCUACAAUUUUGUUUUUUCAGGCCUUAUCAAUUGAAAUGAAACUUAAAUGAGGAAUUAUAUUGAAGAAAGAAAGUAGUGCUACUCUGUAAUUUAGGUGUGUUUUGGUGAAAUUAGAGUUCUGUGCAGUUAUUAAUGUAAAUGUGUGCAUUUAUCUUGGUUUUUGAUAGCUUUUUUUUUUUUAGGUGUAACAAAGAAGAAUUAAUGUUUAAACACCUUAAAAGUGCAUAUAUAGAAGCUUGUGCUACAAUCGUUAUUUUAGUGUUUAGUAUAUAUAUAUAUAGAGAGAGAGUGAGUGAGAGAGAGAGAUUAUUAACACCUUCCUGACAGCCACUAGGGUAUUUGUAUCCUGGUCAAUGAUAUCACUGGAUGUUAGUGUCUAAUUUUUUUUUUGCCUCCUACAAUAUGUGACUCUUACUGGAAUCUAAAAUUCAUCUUAUAUAUGCGAAGUCCCUAUUUCUACUCAAAAAUCAACUGUCUAAUUAAUAAGAGUAACUGUAGGCAAAUGAGGGGUGCCUCACAUGUGACUGACCCACUACUUAUAAGCAAAUUCUUGCAUAUAACCAUCCUCAUUCUCCAUUUGAGUUGAAUACUGUUCAUAUACUUCAGCCCAAUCCUUACAUGCUAUUAUCUGUAGCUUUAUGUGCUUUGAGAUCUACCGUUCCAAAACAGAUUUAUUUCACAUUCUCUCGAAAGUUUGUAAAAUUCUUAUAACAUCAACAACAUACAAAUCUCACUGGUAACAACAGGGUUUCUAAAGUUCAAAGAAUUCCUUUGAUCAAUUGAUUGAAUGCUUAUCAUUUUUUUUUUAGGAGAUAUAGGCUGGUGUCCAGGGGGUGACCUUCCACCUUUUUCUAUCCAAAAGGAUUUUUCAACUUAAUAUUUCUAUGCUGUUAUUUAUAGCUUUAUGUGCUUCGAGAUCCACUGUUCCAAAAAUGAAUUAAUUCAUGUUCUCUCAAAAGUUUAUAUAGCAUUCUUAUGACAUCAACAAAAUAUGUAUGUAUGUAUAUUUAUAAAAACAAUAGAUAUAAUUUGUGCAGAGCUGACAACAAUACAUAAUUAUGUAUACAUGCAGUAAUAUAGCAGUAAUAAUAUAAACAGCAAUAAUAUAAACAGCAAUAAUAAAACAGCACAAGGUAAACAGAUUAAGAAUGUAUAGAUUGCGAUUUAGACAGGAUUACAUACAGAGGAAAAUUGGUUUAAAAUGGUUAGCAUUCAUGAAGAAAACACUUAAAUGUGUUAUAAAGAGAAAGAGAAAAUAUUGUUGUUUGAAUGUCAAGUAUGGUGUUUAUAUAAAUUUUUUUUUUUCUCCCCCACUUCAUUGUUCAUUGUGCGUUGAUAGUUUGGAGAUGUUCUGAUUUAAUGCCAUCCAAUAUUGCUUGUCAUCAUCUCACCGUUUGGAAAUUAAUUGAUCCACUAACCUUUCAGCAUUCAGAUUACUUUGUCAAAUGUAAUGCUAAUUUAUUCACAUUGCUUUGAAUUAAUCAUGCAUUAUCUCAUAGCUUUGAGAUUUCAAUGAUAUGAUUGUUUAUUUUUACAAUAACAUUGUAGGCUAGGUGUGAGAGGCUGGAGCUAGCCAGUUCAAACAUAAAACAGGUAGAAUAUUUUGGAUGGAUAUGGCCAGUUUAAAUGCUGAAAGCUUAAAGAAAGAAACUGAUGUAGCUAUGAAGAAGAAAGUCAGUCCUCAAAGAAGUGUUAUCCAAUCAAGAAAUACAACUGUUGAUAAGUGCUUUCAAUCAUUAAUUGCAUGUUACAAUCUUAAAGGGAAAAUUAAGUUUCUUCGGAGGGGCUGUCAGCAAAAUUUAUACUCGGGACACAAAAAUAAUGGCCACAAAUGUCCAAGAAUGUCAAUUACUGGGAUCUAAUAGUCCACAGUCUAUGAUACAGUUAACCUGUCAUUGUUAUAAUGGUCUGUUGUCAUUUUUGUUUGUUUUUUUUCUCUCUGUAUUUUGAUAUCAAAAAUGUUCUUUAACUCAACUCCAGACCACUAUUGCUUCUACUUCAUUGACAUUGCUAUGGCAUAAAAUCUUUAAAACAUUAAUAUAAAGCACUGUGAAUGAGAAACACAAAGUAUAGUUGAAAAACAAAAAGAGAGCUAGCAGUUACAAUAACUUAACUGUUUGCUUUUCAUGCAGAUUGGGCUCUCUGGGUUAUUCUGUAAACAAUUCUAUUUUUCUAUGCCAAAGAGUAUAAACCCUGAGGUACACUUAAUGACUCUUUCAUCACUCCUUUGGAAAAUUGAAUGAAAUCUGUUGAUGAGAUCAUAAUAAGAUUAAAUCAUGUCUAGAGUUGUCUCCUCUGUUUGUUAGUACUGUUUUGUCCUCACUGCAACUAUUUUCAGUUAGCUUUUUAAUACCCUAUAUAUUAAUUAUAUCACCACUAACUUAACUAUUUAUAAAUGAUUGCUAAUGAACUUUCUUUGCUUACUAUCAAAUCCAGAAUUUUGUUGAAACCAAUUUUCAUGUUGUUCUUUCAUACUGGAGAUGAAACAAUGUAUUAGUUAACUGUAGUACUACCCACCUCUCAGUAAGGCUAAAAAUAGGUUUUUUGUUAGAAGCACAUGUGUCCAAUUUGAUCUUACAUCUCUCUUUAUUUUAAUGUUGUUUUGUGCUAUUCUUUAGUCCCCCACCCCCACCCGUCCUUGAUCAUUGCUUUCAAUGGUGAUUUUGUAUCGGGUAAGUUUCUCUCUAACACAAAGGCCUGGACAUGGGUAGGGUUUGUGGAAUCUAUUACUUGCCCCCUGCAUGCAAGUCUCCCCCACUUCCUUUCUCCAUGCCACUGAUGAUGCUGUCUAAGGGUCGAUACAACAUGGCACCAGUCCCAUCACAAGUGUUGCUGCCGAUGCAAAGAACCAGAGCCUGGUACCACAAUGUACCCUGCCCAAUGCUCUAGAAGUUCUGUCAGUUUACCACCCCAAAAGGAUGAAAGGUAAAAUUGAUCUCAGCAGGAUUUGACUUCAAUAGGUAGAGAAGGAGAUGAAUUACCACAAGGCAUUUUAUCAAAUGUUCCAACAACUAUGGCAAUUCACUGUACUACUACUAUAAUUACUAGUCAUUAAUUAUUAUUCACUAUAGUACUACUACUAUAAUUACUAGUCAUUAAUUAUUAUUCACUAUAGUACUACUACUAUUAUACAUUAAUUACUAGUCGUGUAAAAGAGUAAAGACCACCUUCAGUCAUGAAUGACCAUGGGAUUGCACUUAGAAAGUUCCCCUCCAUGGCAUAAACCUGGGCAAGGUUGUUUAUGGAAGACCAACAGUUGCCCAUGCAUACCAGCCUCUCCUCUCCACAACCACCGAUGUUGUCCACGGGAAAGGCAAAGACCAAUACAGCUUGGCACCAGUGACAUUGCAACUCAUUUCUACAGCUGAGUGAACUGGAGCAACAUGAAAUAAAGCGUCUUGCUCAAGAACACAACACACAGCCUGGUCCAAAAAUUGAACUCACUAUCUCAUGAUUGUGAAACCAAUGCUCUAACCACUGAGCCAUGUGCCUUCAUAGUUGUCAUAUAGAAAACAUUAAUUGCUAUUCCCUCUUCUCUUUUAGAAGGUACAAGCACUUUCAUGCACAUGACAAGAACUUCUGCCCAAGAUGCCAUGCAGUGGGACUGAACCUGAAAUCAUGUGGUUAAGAAGCAAGCUUCCUAUUCUAAUUAAGUUGUAUGGUAAUUAAGCAGUUAUGCAAGUGAAAGUCUAAAGAUUAAAGUAUUAAACUGUUAGUAACUAAUAUGUUUUUUCCUCCUUAAAUAUGAAAGACAACUCUGGAUGCAUGGCGCUUUUAUUUGUUUGUUUUAAUGCUCUUCAGUGAAAUGUAGCUUCUCCAUAACUUUUUAGUAUUAAUAAGCAAAUUGCUAAGUCACUGUAAUUGAAAUACUUAAUGGCAUGCAAAAAGAGAUGUGCUGACUUGUACAAUAAGCUAAGCAAUACUGUGAAGGAAAACUUAAAUAGAAAAUAUUAAACGACUGAAAUACUUAAAAUGGCCUUUUGAUGCCUUCAUGCCUAAAACUGAUCUUGGUUUUAUGAUGUGAACUUCCUAUUUUAAAGUGAUAUAAAUUAAAACCUUUCAUCAAAAUUUCAUGUUAAUUGAUGUUCUAGACACCAGCUUAAUGAUCUUUCUACUAUAGACACAAGACCUGAAAUAUUCAGGGAGGGGUUUGUUGAUUAUAUCAGCCCAGUUGUGCUCAUUUUAUUGACCUUGAAAGGAUGAAAGGCAGAGUCAACCUUGGUAGAAUCUAAACUCAGAAUGUAGAUCUGGAAGAAAUGUCACUAAGUAAUUUGUCUGUCGCAAUAACAUUUCAGCCAGCUUGCUACCUUCACCACUGUAAAUUCUUCAUUGCUUUCAAAAUUAAUUGAAUUAAAAGGCAGUGUAUUUCAUUAGAAAUAUGUUAACGAAAGGGUUAAACUGCUAAAUGUAUUUCAACAGCAGUAUACUCUUUACUCUUUUACUUGUUUCAGUCAUUUGACUGCGGCCAUGCUGGAGCACUGCCUUUAGUCGAGAAAAUCGACACCAGGACUUACUCUUUGUAAGCCUAGUACUUAUUCUAUCGGUCUCUUUUUGCCGAACUGCUAAGUUACGGGGACCUAAACACACCAGCAUUGGUUGUCAAGCAAUGGUGGGGGGGACAAACACAGACACACAAACGCACAUACAUAAAUACGACGGGCUUCUUUCAGUUUCUGUCUACCAAAUCCACUCACAAGGCUGUGGUCAGCCCAAGGCUAUAGUAGAAGACACUUGCCCAAGGUGCCACGCAGUGGGACUGAACCCGGAACUAUGUGGUUGGUAAGCAAGCUACUUACCAUACAGCCACUCCUGCGCCUAUGGUAAAGAAAAGAUUAAAUAGCUAAAGUAUAUUCUUGCAUGCACUAAAAGAGAAACCCAAUCACUUCCUUGUAAUAUUCUUUUCAUUAGGAAGCAUGGGAAGUAACACUAAACACAUUUAGCUUCUUCAAGUCUGUUCUCUCUCUCUCUCUCUCUCUCAAGCAAACUGUUUAGUAAAUAUUUUAAACAAUACACUUAUUAUAAUACUUUGGCAGGUUAUGGAGAGGUUACAUUCACUUCUACAAUGAACAGUAAAUGCCAUUUAGAGUUUUCUUCUGCAUUUGCUGACGAAAAAAAAAAAUUUUUUUCUCAAAGUAACAUUAGUCACCAACUCAUAUUUUUCUUUCACUACAUCUGUGUAUAUACUUUAUUCUGAUCAUUAAAUAUAUUUUUGGGGCAUGUGACAUAGAGCAAGAAGGGCCUCAUACAUAAAUCUUUACAGGCAUCUCUGAGACUGAUAUGAGAAAAGGAGAAAGCUAAUUGCAAUCAGAAGAAUGUUUACAUGUUUGCAACAUAUGGUGACAUUAAACUGGCCAAUGAAUUAAGUCCACUACUUCUAUAAUUGUGUAAGGAAUUUUGAUUUUGAAUUCAGUAUAUUUCAUAUAAAUCUUGUGCAAAUCAAAUUCUUUCCGUUAUGUUUCUCAUUCCUUGGAAGAAAGGUAUAGAUGCCUCAACUUCCCUUUUCUUCUCUCAAGUAAUGCUAAGGCAUCCUUUCAAAUAAAGAAAUGUUAUUUUUAUUUUAA